GAUGGAAGACAUUUUCCAUUGGUGUCGUGAAGGAAACUCGAUCCAGGUUCGCCUGUGGCUGGACGAUACGGAGCAUGAUAUGAAUUUGGGUGAUGAUCAUGGUUUCAGUCCAUUGCACUGGUGUGCCAAGGAAGGACAUUCCAAGCUAGUGGAGAUGUUACUGCACCGAGGUGCACGUGUUAAUGCAACAAAUAUGGGUGAUGAUAUACCUUUGCACCUAGCAGCUGCCCACGGACACUACGAUAUUGUGCAAAUGCUUAUACGCCAUCGGUCGGAUGUGAAUGCGGCGAAUGAGCAUGGCAAUACGCCACUCCAUUAUGCUUGCUUCUGGGGGUAUCAGGCUAUCGCGGAGGAGCUCGUUAACAAUGGUGCCUUAAUUUCGUUAGCGAACAAAGACGGCGACACGCCGGUGGAUAAAGCGAAAGCGUUACUAGCAACACGCUUAAACAAUCUGGCAAUCGAAAGUGGCCAAGAGUUGAAAAAGAUUAGCUUCAAGGAUCAGGGCUGGUCGGGCAUGAAGACGCGCUCCCGCGAUGCUACACUGUCCCGCUUCAAGGGUAUCAACAUUCAGGAGCUGACGCUGCACAACAAGGUAGCGAUCACGCCCGGCGGUGAGACGUGGCGUGGCCGCUGGCAGAACAACGAAAUCAUUGCCAAGAUAUUGGCCAUACGCGAAUGUACUGCACGGGUGGCACGCGAUUUUAACGAAGAGUUCCCGAAGCUACGAAUUUUCUCGCAUCCGAACAUUUUGCCCGUGCUGGGUGCGUGUAAUGCACCGUCGAAUUUGAUCGUUAUCAGCCAAUACAUGCCACGCGGUUCGCUGUAUGAUUUGCUGCACGGUACGGCGGGUAUUGUGGUCGAUACGGCACAAGCGGUACGGUUUGCGCUGGACAUUGCGCGUGGUAUGGCGUACCUGCACUCGCUCGAGCGUAUUAUCCCGGAGUAUCAUCUGAACAGCUUCCACGUGAUGAUCGACGAUGAUCUGACCGCCCGUAUCAAUAUGGCCGAUGCAAAGUUUUCCUUCCAGGAGCGUGGCCGCGUGUAUCAGCCCGCCUGGAUGAGUCCGGAAAUGUUGCAGAAAAAGCGCACCGAACGUAACUGGGAGGCGUGCGAUAUGUGGAGCUUUGCGAUUUGCAUUUGGGAGCUGGCAACGAGAGAAAUUCCGUUCGCCGAUCUAACACCGAUGGAGGCGGGUAUGCGGAUCGCUACCGAAGGUUUGCGGGUAACGAUCCCACCGGGAACGUCGCCCCAUCUGGCGAAGCUGAUCAAAAUCUGUAUGAACGAAGAUCCGGGCAAGCGUCCUACGUUCGAUAUGAUCAUACCGAUUCUCGACAAAAUGAAGCGUUAAUC